AUCGGGAUCGGGAUGACAACCAGGAUUAACAAGGAAAAUCUUGAGUUCUUAGAAAUAUUCUAAAUUUCACUUUUCUUAGUUUUCCAGCAGUUUUUAAAACAAUCAUAUGAAAUUUCCAGGCUGAGUAUGGAUGGAACUGAAUCUUUCUGCUCAUCAGUGUUAGAAGAUGAGGAAGAUUCCUCAUCAUAUUCCAGUGAGAAGCAUUCUGGCAGCCUCAUCAAAAACUUUGAGUACUUCAGAAAAGAAGGGGGCUAUAAUGAUGUCACACUACAAGUUGGGCAGAAAUCUUUUCCUUGUCAUAAGAUCAUUUUAGCUGCCGGUUCCCCCUAUUUUAAAUCUAUGUUUGAGUCUGGUAUGGAAGAGAGCAGGAAGACUUGUAUAGAGAUCAAGGAAGUUGAUGAAAAUGUUUUUGAGAAGCUACUUCAUUUCAUUUACACUGGGAAGGUAGAUAUUUCUUCUUUAAUCCUACAAGAACUUUUUGGACAAUCCUGUAUGUUUCAAGUUACAGCUUUAGUUGAUCUGUGUGUGAGACAUUUCCGUCUGCACAUGACAGAGAAUAACUGCUUAGUGGCACUCACACUAGCUGAUUCACAUGCUCAUAAGCAUUUAUAUAACUAUGCUAAGGAGUAUGUGUGCAUGAAUUUCAAAGUUGUUUCUCAGGAGGAGGACUUCUGCAGGCUGUCAGCAGAUUGCAUCAAAGAUAUUCUCUCUGACAGUAAACUGGACUGUGAUGGGGAAGAGCAGGUUUUCGAGUUUGCCAUUAAGUGGCUAGAUUUUGAAGGAGAGAAAGAAAAAAGGAAAAAUUCUGUGUUCAAGAUACUGAGCUGUGUUAAGUUUCCUCAGAUGAAAAGAAGUUAUCUCACAAGUGUUGUGGCAAAAUCUCCAUACCUAGCAGACGAUGAGGGGAAGGAAUUGAUGGAAAAUGCAAUGAUCUAUCACCUGCUUCCUGCCAGAAGACCAAUGCUGCCCUCUUACCAGAUCACUCCAAGAUCAUCAACAACAUCAGCAAAUGUAGAGGUCGCUGUCCUUCUUGGAGGUCGUCUUGCAGAUGGAUUGAGUAAUGAUGUUGAGUGCUUCAAGUCAGAUUCCAGGGAAUUUUUUGCUCUGAAACAGCUGCCUUUCAAGAAAAGGAAUGAAUUUGCUGCAUGUGUUCUGGGUAACGACAUCUAUGUUUCAGGAGGCUUGAGGAGUGGAGAGUUCUGGAAGUUUGAUUAUGACUUCGCAACCUGGAUUCGAGGAACCAGUCUAUUACAGCCCAGACGAAGACAUGCUAUGGCCCCAGUGGAUGAAAGUAUCUAUGUUUUGGGAGGAUUUGAUGAAGACAGUGUUUUGCAUUCUGUGGAAGUCUGGAAACCUGGAAGUAAGCAGUGGAAGUUUUAUGGAAGUCUAGCUAGUCCUGUGGAGAACAUGGGUUAUGUGGCAUAUGCCAACUGUAUUUUCCUUUUUGGAGGGAAAAACCAAGAAGAGGUGGUGACUAACACUGUCCAAUGCUUUGAUACUGAAACGGGCCAGGGGACGGUGUUAGAACAGUCCUUGCCUGCGUCUGACAUGUGUGUCAGUGCAGCAGUGUUGAAUAAUUACAUUUAUGUUGUUGGGCUAGAGGGUUCCUUCAAAUUCCAUCCAGACAACAAAACUUGGGAUGUUUUACCAGACAUGUCAUGCCCAAGAGACUUUGUUAGUCUUACAGUUCUGGAUGAGAAACUAUAUGCUUUUGGUGGAAGGAGAAGAGGGGCACAGUCAGAUUUGUAUACUGACAUCAUUGAGUAUUUUGAUCCUGAGAAAAAUGUCUGGGAAAGGUGUGGGACCAUUCCUGUUCCAAUGUAUUCCUAUGGAUGUGUCCGUGUCAUUCUUGGAGAAAAUUAUUUGAAUGCAGGCACCAGCAACCUUGCCAACAGCUGAACAUUAUUCUAAAUUCUGACUGUCUGUA